AAUUUAUGCUAUAAGAAAAGAUAAAAAAUUAUAUAAAAUCUCGAGAAUGUGCAACUAAUCGUAUAAAAACAUUAUUAAGAUAACCUUGUCCAAUCUAAUUUUAGGUUAGAUAAGAUUUCAGUCCACAUAAGACUAUACAUUAAUUUUAAUGUCAAAAUGUUAGAGUGCGUUCAGUAUUAAAGUUAUCAAGAAAACUUUCAAGUUAAUGUUCACCUAAUCUAAAAUUUGAUGAAGUAAUAACAAAUGCUAAAACAAAUAUUGGAAGAAGAACAUCGCAAAAAUAACAAUCAAGUCCAUUAUUGAAAUAAAGAGUUAAAGAUGUUAAUUUGUAAACCUAAAUAACUUAAGUACCAACAUUUAGAAUAAGUUCUUAAUGGUUUGGAAAAUAACAACGAUCUCAGUCAAACUAAUUUGCUUUCGUUACUUUAUCUACUUUAAUUGAUGAUGAAUAUAAUUACAACAAAGAAAGAAUCACAAAAUUCAAUCAUAUGGAGAAUAGAUUGGUAGAACAUCAAUUUAUUAUAAAUGACUUUGAUCCUAUUCUUAAUGUGAGUUGA